CUGCGGCUUCCACUGCUGCUGGCCACUCCAAAGCAGCAGCAGCAGCAGCAGCAGCCACGAAUACGCCCCUCUUCCACGGCGCCUGCGCAGGCCUAGAGCAGCUCAUUAGCUGCCUUGUGGGGGGCGCGUUUCUUGAGCAGCAGCAGCAGCAGCAGCAGCAGCAACCGCAGCAGCAGCAGCGGGGUGAGAAUGGCUUGCACUCAGCUGAGUUUCUUACAAGCGGCAGCAGCACCAGCAGCAACACGCUAGAAGCCACCGUGAGCUUUGAGCAGCGGCAGCAACAGCAGAAACAGCAACAGCAGCAGCAGCAGCAGCCGGGUCGCGCAGGAAGGGCUCUGCUGCAUCUUCUUGAGGAUUUGACUCAGGUGCUGAUGCAGUCUUGCAAGGCGGAUGCAGCAAACAGCAGCAGCAGCAGCAACAGCAGCAGGAGCAGCAGACUUGUUCCUGCAGCAGCGUGGCUGGGGGACUUGUCUUUGUCUCCUUCUGUUUGUCUCCAUUUGUGGAGCCGCGUUUUGCUGCAGCAUCCUUCGUUGCCGCUGCUGCUGCCUGGUUUGCUGCAGCUGCUGCAGCAGCAGCUGUGCCCCACCCUGCAGCAGCAGCUGCUGCAGCAGCAGCAGGAGAAGCCCGUACUGCUGCGCGCAGUGAGGCUUGUGGUGCAGCUGGUUUACAUGUAUUUCCCGCUGCUGCAACAGCAGGCUGUGUCGCUGCUGCUGCUGCUGCAGCGGCUAGCUGACGUAGCAGCAGAUUGGGUGAGGGCACUUGCCCUUGAGGCGCUGGCAGUUUGCUGCAGCGACAAGGUGCUGCUUCUGCAGCUGGACGCCCCGGACAGCUCUGCUGCUGCUGCAGCAGCAGCAGCAGACUCACCAGCAGCAGCAGCAGCAGCAGCACCUCGGCCUCCCCAGCGCCGCCUGCUGGCCCAAAUCCUCGAGACCUUCAGCCGCACAAGACGCCCUCCAGCUUUGCCCCGAUGCUGCUGCUGCAGCAGCAGGAGCAAAACAACAAGGCUCAGGUGUCCACACAGCGAUGGGUGCAAUUCGAGAUGCUGCUGCUGCAGCAAGGAGAGCUUCAGCAGGCUGCUGGCUUGCGCUGCCUCCCUCCGGCAGCAGCAGCAGCAGCGACACCAGCAGCAGCAGCAGCAUCAGCAACAGCAAGAUGCGGCCUGUGGCGCUGCCUCACGAUGCUGCCUUUCUCCUGAGCAACAGCAGCAGCACCAACAGCAGCCGAAGCAGCAGCCCACGUAG